AUGGGACAGAUAGACACCAGGACAGAGAGACACCUGGACAGAUGGCCAACGAGGUACCUGGACAACCGGACAGGCAGAGACCCGGAUACCUGGACAGACGGACAGAAGGACACUGGGGCAGAUGGACACCAGGACAAACAGACACCCGGACAGCCGGACAGACAGAGAUGCAGAUACCUGGACAGACGGACAGAAGGACACCGGGACAGAUGGACAACCAGACAGAUGGAGAUGUGGAUACCUGGACAGACAGACAGAAGGACACCGGGACAGAAGGACACCGGGACAGAAGGACACCGGGACGGACGGAGAUGCAGAUACCUGGACAGACGGACAGAGGACAGCGGGACAGACGGACACCGGGACAACCAGGCAACCGAGCAGACAGAGAUGCAGAUACCUGGACAGACGGACAGAGGGACACCGGGACAGAGGGACACCGUGACAGAUGGACAACCAGACAGACGGAGAUGCGGAUACCUGGGCAGACGGACAGAAGGACAGCGGGACAGACGGACACCGGGACAACCAGGCAACCGGGCAGAGAGAGAUGCGGACACCCGGACAGCUGGACAACCGGCCAGACAGACGGACAGCUGGACAACCGGCCAGACAGACACCCGGCUACCUGGAGAACCGGAGCCCCGGCCCCCCCCCGCAAUAUUUUCCGGCUCCCGGCACACCGGCAUCCCCAUGGAUUUCCUUACCGGCAUCGGCUGCGCCUGUGCCGGGCUCCUGGUGGUGCUGACGGUGGCAUUGCUGGGCGCGGCGUAUCGUUUGGGGCUCCUCUACCAGCUGUGGCAUAAGGUGGACCCCCGAAGCCCCCGGCACGGUGGUGAGUUGGUGGCGGAGGUGUUGAAGGCGCACGGCGUCCGCUUCCUCUUCACCCUGGCUGGUGGCCACAUCUCACCCAUCUUGGUGGCCAGCGAGAAGGUGGGCAUCCGCGUGGUGGACACCCGGCACGAGGCCACCGCCGUCUUCGCCGCCGAUGCCGUCUCCAGGCUCUCGGGUCGCAUCGGCGUCGCUGCCGUCACCGCCGGUCCCGGCGUCACCAACACGGUGACGGCCAUCAAGAACGCCCAGAUGGCCGAGUCACCGGUGCUGCUCAUCGGGGGAGCGGCUGCCCCCGCGGCGCUGGAGGCCCUGGGCAUCCCCUGCUACCUGGGGGGUGCGGCGCGGGGGCUUCUCCCCCCCGGCAGCCCCCUCCUCCUGCGCCAGAACCGCCGCGACGCCCUCCGCGACGCCGACCUGGUGCUGCUGGCAGGUGCCGUCUGUGAUUUUCGCCUCUCCUACGGGCGCCUUUUCGGUCGCCGCGCCGCUAUCGUGGCCGUUAACCGGGACCGGGCGCAGCUUCUCCGUAAUUCCGAUGUUUUCUGGAAACCCCGGCUCGCCGUUCAAGGCGACGCCGCCUCCUUCGUGGCGCGGUUGGCGCGGAGCCUGCGGGGCUACGCCUGCCCCCGGGGUUGGCUGGAGGGGCUGCGGGAGGCCGAUCGGAAAAAGGAGCAGGCGAACCGGGAGAAGGCAGCGACCCCCACCCCGCAACACCUGAACCCCCUGGACCUGCUGCACCGCCUGGAUGCGCUGCUGCCCCCCGAGAGCCUCCUCGUAGCCGACGGGGGGGACUUCGUGGGCACCGCCGCCUACAUCGUCCGUCCCCGCCGUCCCCUCGCCUGGCUGGACCCCGGAGCUUUUGGCACGUUGGGAGUCGGCGGAGGGUUCGCGCUCGGCGCCAAGCUCUGCCGUCCCGACGCGGAGGUUUGGGUCCUUUACGGUGACGGCUCGCUGGGCUACAGCUUGAUGGAGUUCGACACCUUCGUGCGGCACAAGACGCCUGUCAUCGCGCUGGUGGGCAACGACGCGUGCUGGAGCCAGAUUGCCCGGGAGCAAGUGGCUUUGUUGGGCAGCAACGUGGCGUGUGGCCUCGAGUACCUGGACUACCACGCGGUGGCCGAAGCUCUGGGUGGCAAAGGCUUCGUGGUGGGUCGCCCGGACCACGAGCGGCUGGACGCCGUCCUCCGUGCUGCGCAGGAUGCGUGCCGCCAAGGCCGCCCCGUUCUCAUCAACGCCCUCAUCGGCAAAACCGACUUCCGCGACGGCUCCAUCUCCGUUUAG